UUUGCUCUGUUUGUGAUGCACCUUCUUUAUUUUCUGAGUUCUAUACGUACUUCACUGAUGAUAUACACCAUAAAAUUAGAAAGAUGGUAGGCCUGCCUCGUUAUAAAGUGCCAGAAGAACAUCUGAUAAAUCAUGUCCUACUUGAACUCGAUAGAUUGUUUGUCAAGAAUGGUGCCUCAAUGACUGAUUAUGGCCUACCAAAUCCUGAUCCAACCCUUUGCAGCAAGGUGAAAAAUAGAUUGAUGGCUGAGGAAUUAGCGUACGACAGUGAAAUGCUCUUGCAUGUGCAUGAAACUCUCAUUAACCAAUUAAACUCUGAACAGAGGCAUAUAUAUGAUGUUGUCAUACAGUCAGUUUAUGGGAAAACUGGUCGGUGCUUUUUUGUAUAUGGGUAUGGUGGAACUGGGAAGACAUUUCUUUGGAAUUCAAUCAUUUCACGCUUGCGAUCGGAGAAACACAUUGUUCUUUCUGUAGCUUCAUCAGGGGUUGCUGCGCUCUUGCUCCCUGGAGGCCGUACUGCGCAUUCUCGAUUUAAAAUUCCCAUUGUUAUUGAUGAGUCGUCGAUGUGUGAUAUUAAAAGGGGUACUUUCCUUGCUGAUUUAAUAGUGCAGAGUUCUCUGAUAAUAUGGGAUGAGGCUCCUAUGACUCACCGCCAUUGUUUUGAGUCGUUGGAUCAUAGUAUGCGUGACAUUCUUGGUCAAUUGGACUCCUCAAAUUCUGACCGGAUGUUUGGUGGGAAGACAAUGUUACUUGGUGGAGAUUUCCGGCAAGUGCUGCCCGUAGUUGAGGGUGGUAAUAGGCUAGACACAAUUGAUGCAUCAAUCACCAACUCUUAUUUGUGGGACCAUGUUAAGAUACUAAAACUUACAACCAACAUGCGCAUACUUGGGAUGGGGAGGAGUGGUUUAGCAGCUAAGGAGGUGAAAGACUUCAGUGACUGGGUAUUGAGUGUUGGUGAUGGUACUGCAAAAGGUACCGCUGAGAUUGAUGACGGGGACUCGGAGCUGAUUGAGAUACCAAGUGACAUCUUAGUCCCAAGACUAGAUUCUGCUAUCGAUGAUAUUAUAAGUUCUACUUAUCCCAACUUGGAGGCAUCAUAUUCAGACCCAACCUACCUGAGGGAAAGGGCUAUUAUAGCUCCGAAGAACGACACCAUCGACGAAAUUAAUAGCCGUAUUCUUUCUUUAGUUCCAGGCAAUGAAAAGGUAUACCUCAGCUCAGAUACAUUGGUUGAAUCCUCAAAGGAGAAUGGUAAUCUAGACUUGCUUUACCCUGUUGAGUUCUUAAAUUCGCUCCAAUUUAAAGGUAUCCCUCAUCACAAGCUUAUGCUUAAGGUUGGCUCCCCUAUCAUGCUACUGCGCAAUUUAAAUCAGAGCGCUGGCCUUUGCAAUGGUACACGUCUUAUAAUAACACAGUUAGGUGCUCGGGUAUUGGAGGCUCAAAUUAUAACUGGAUCACACAUUGGUGACAAGGUACUUCUUCCUCGGAUUGCCUUGCAUGUAUCAAGCGCUAAAUGGCCAUUUGUUCUUAGUAGGCGGCAAUUUCCAGUUCGUUUGUGUUAUGCAAUGACCAUAAACAAGAGCCAAGGGCAAACUUUGCAGAAUGUUGGCCUAUACUUGCCACGCCCAGUUUUCUCCCAUGGUCAGCUCUAUGUUGCUAUAUCACGUGUAACAUCUAGGAAGGGCCUUAGGAUCCUAAUUGACGAUGAUACAGACCCAAAUACCAAUGCUACCCAAAAUAUUGUCUACAAAGAAAUCCUCCGAUCCCUUUGGUAA